AUGGACCACCAUCACCAUCACGCUCUUCCUCUUCCGUUUCCUCUUCCUCACCACCGCCAACACGCACAACAAGAGCGACAACAGCACCCACACCAACAACAACAACACCAUCCACAUCAACAACAACAACAACACCCCGAGAUCGACCUCGACAUCGACCUCGUGCCCGACUACGGAAAGUCUGACCUGCCCCAGCACGAGCACGAGCGCGGUGUGCCUAAUCCUACGGAUAUGGACCUCGAACUUGACGGUGUCGGCGCUGGUGUAGAGUAUGGGAUGUCUCAUCAUAGCCGACAUGGUCAUGGGCAGCCGGGUGCUACUUCUACUACUACAACUACUAGCCAUGGAACGGGGGGUUUGCAUGGAUAUGGGUACGGGUAUGGAUACGGGUAUGGACAGGGGAUACAGCAGGGGAUACAUGUGCAGAAGAGUAUGGACGAGGAGCAGAGUCGGGUUGAACUACAGCAGCAGGAGCUGCAACACCAGCACCACCCACAACAUCCACAACAACAUCCCCCACACCACCACCACCACCACCCCCAACAACACCCCUCACACCCCCCGCACCCGCACCCGCACACCCACCCGCACCCCCAAUCGCACCAACCCACCCAACCCCAACCCCAACCCCAACCCCUGCGCCUCCAGCUCCCGCAAUACCUCUACACAUCCGCGCCCACGCUCGUCCCAGGCGGAGGCGCCGAGGUCGUCCCGCUCACCAGCACGGAGUGGUUCGUGAACAGUGGGUUUUCGGGCGGGUUUAGUUUUGUGGAUGGGUUUGUUGGGGCGGGGGAGGGGGAGGGGUCUUCUUUGGCAGUGGGGUCGUCUUUGGGGUUGGGGGAGGGGGAGAGAUUGACGGAGGGGGCGGGGUUGGCGGAGGGGGCGGGGUUGGCGGAGGGGGCGGGGGGGAUGGGGCAGGCUAUGGGAUUGGACGAUAAGGCUGAUCGACAUCCACGCGGACUCGCACUCGGACUUGGGGGAGCGAGUACGGCGCACGACGAAGGCGGCGCUGUUGGUGGCGGCGGCGAAGGCGAAGGAUUUUCGGGCCAGCAGCAGCAGCAGGCCUCGUCGUCGUUGGUGUCAGCGACGCCGUUGAUCUCAUCGGCGGAGGUGGAGCAUGGAUCUAUUUUGGGAUUGAGUAUGGGCAAAGGCAAAAGCGCCGCCGCCGCCGCCGUCGUCGCCAACUCGUCCUCGUCGCCCUUUGACUUUGCCGACGACGAUCCCGCCGCCGACGACCAACAGCAUCAGCAUCCCGCACACAGCGCCUUCAUCGCCCCCGCCCCCGAUUUCUCGCUCCAAAUCCCACCACUCCUCAACCCGUCCCUCCUCCCCCUGCCCCUGCCCCUCCCCCUCCCAUCCCCCGCCAACCUCUCCCUCCUCUCCCCAACCCCCACCGCACCGUACGGCCUCCCCGUGUACUCCGUCUCAGGGUACGACAUCCUCUCCAUCCUCUCCCGCGUGCACAGCCGGCCCAACGCAACCGUCCACCUCGGGCCCGUCGACCUCACAUGCUCCUUCGUCGUCGUCGACCCGCGCCGCUUCGACGCGCCCAUCGUCUAUUGCUCCCCUACAUUCUGUGCGCUGACGGGGUAUAGCGAGCGGGAGGUUGUCGGGAGGAAUUGUAGGUUUUUGCAGGCGCCGCCGCCGCCCCGCGCCCCCGCGGUGGUGCGCGGUGCGAAGAGGGAGUGGACGAGCGGGGAGGCUGUUGAGCGGAUGCGCAAGGCGGUGGGGAAAGGCGAGGAUGUGCAGGUUUGUGUGGUCAAUUAUAAGAAGGGCGGGGAGGCGUUUAUGAAUCUUGUUACGGUUAUUACGGUUUUUGACGAUGGGGGUGUUGUUAAACUUGAGGGACAGGGACAGGGGAAGGAGAGAGAACCGCUUUGGCAUGUCGGAUUUCAGGUCGAUUUGACGGAGCAGCCUACGGCGAUACUGGAGAAAUUGAGGGAUGGGACGUAUACCACCCAUUACGAGCCUCCUCCGCCUCCUCCGCCACCUCCGCUUCCUCUCUCUCAUCCUCUUUCGUCUGCUGGGUUGGAUGUGAGUGGGAAUGGCGCGCGUAAAGCGGGGGGUGCAUUGGGAUCUGGCGUUGCGCCUGCUGUAGGAGGAGCGGGAGCAGGACAGGGACAGGGACAGGGACAAGGGAGGCAGGUGCAUAUGUCGCGCCAUUUGAAGAGGUUGCUUGAUAAACCCGGGUUUAUCAAGCCUGCGCUGCUCGCUGCUGUCGAUGGCUCUUCGUCGGUGGCGGCGGCGGUGGCGAGUACGAUGCAGAGUGCACCAGCGGGGGUGGGGGCGAGCCGGAGUCGGAGUCGCAGCUAUUCGAUGGCGGUGGACGAUACCACCACCACCACCCAAACUCAACCCACCCAACCCAACAACUCCCAAUCCCAAUCCCAACCCAACAACUCCCACUCCCACUCCCACCCCCUCCACCUCCUCCUCCUCGCCCAAACCCCCGACUUCAUCCACGUCGUCUCCCUCAAAGGAUCCUUCCUCUACGUCUCGCCCGCCGUCAAGCGCGUGCUUGGGUAUGAUGCGCGGGAGCUGGUUGGGAGGGGCGUGUUGGAUGUGGCGUAUGAGGCGGAUGUGGUGCCUGUUGUGAGGGAGUUGAAGGAGAGCAGUGCGGUUGGUGUUGCGGCUGGGGCGGGGGGCGGUUUUGGGGGAGGGGGUUUGGGAGGGAAUGGGGGUGGGGGAGGGGGGGAGGGGGAUGUGCAUCUGUCUUCAGCGUCAGCGUUAUCCUCAGCGUCAGCGUCAGCAGCCUCAGCAGCACAUACCCACGCGCAUUCCAUGCCCACCUCCUCCUCCCACACCCACCCCUCCCCGCGCGCAGUCGACCUCCUCUUCCGCGCCCUCACCAAAAUGGGCCGAUACGUCUGGCUCGAGUGUCGCGGGCGUCUUCAUGUCGAGCCGGGGAAGGGGCGGAAGGCGAUUGUGUUGAGUGGGAGGGCGAGGGAGAGGAUGCUUUUGAGGUGGGAGGAUGUGGGGGGGGCUGGGGGGGUUGCGCGGGGGGUUUGGGUUGGGGGGAGGGGGGGUGGUGCGGGAGGGGGUGCGGGAGGGGGUGGUGGUGUGGGUGCGGGAGAGAAAGGGGGAGGGGGAGAAGAGGGGGAUAUGGAGGGGCGGAAGGGCAUGGAGAUGGAUAAGGAGACGGAUGUGGAGGGUGAAGAGCAAAGUGAAGACAGCACGAAAGGCAACGCACACACUCUCCACCCAACCCACUCCCACCCGCACCCCGAAAAACAGCAGCGCUACGCACACCAAGAAAUAUGGGGUCUUUUAUCUGGCUCGUCUGCGUGUACGGCUGCGUUUUUGACGGUGGGUAUGGGUCUUGCGGAUGUGUUGGGAUGGAGCGGGGAGGAGGUGGUGGGGAGGGGUGUUGGGGAGUUUGUUGUUGAUUUGGAGGGGGGGGAUUUAGAUUCUGCUGCGGGUGCGGAUACUGGUGUGCAUGGUGGGGAUGCUGGUGGUGGGGAUGCUGGUGUGUGUGCGGAGCCUGGUGGGGGUUCUGGUGUGCGUGGUGGGGAUUCUGGUUGUGCAGGUGGUGGAACAGACGCGCGAAAGCAAUGCAGAGCGAUGCAGGAGAUCGGAGAGAUUGUGGGCGGGAUGAGAACGUAUCAGCGCGCGUUGAGGCGGGUGUUGGAUCGGGAGGCGUUUGUUGCUGCUCGGGAUCGUGCGCGUGCGAGGAAGGGGAGGGGGAUGGGUGCGGGGGGUGCGAGGAAGGGGGGUGCUGGUGCGGGUGGUGCGGGUGCGGGUGUUACUGGGAAGCGGAAACGCGAUGACACUUCUGCUGUUCAACAUACGCUGAAGGAAAAGGCGAACGCAAACGCCAAAGCACACGCACACGCAAACGCACAAGCACAAGCACACGCACAAGCAAAGGAGAAGGCGAAGGAGAAAGCGAAGGCACAUGCCCAAGCGAGAGCCAACCUCCCGGGUAUAAGCGCGCGAUGGCGCAAAGUGCGCUGUGCGAUGCGUGCGAAGGGCGGGAGGGUCGUGGAUGUGUGGUUUGUGAUUUAUCGGGCGGAUGUUGAGGAUGAGGAUGAGGAGGGGGAGGAAUCUUCGACGUCGAGCGAGCGAGGUGAAUCUGUCUACGAGCAUAAAGAAAAGGGGGGCGAUGAAGUAGAGCAAGAAGAUAAUCAAGAAGAUACAGACGAAGCAGAAGCAGAAGAAAAAGACGACGACGACGACGACGAAGACGGAGGAGAAGCACAAGAAGAGGAAGAGGAAUACGACGAGGAAAGAGGAUGCAACAUCACACCCGCCGCGCUCGUCUACCAGAUCCGUAUAGCGGGUGCACAGACGAUCGGGUGUGCGCCGGGGGAUGUGCCGUCGGAGCGCGCGUUGUGGGAUGGGAGUGCGGCGGUGCGGUGGAGUGCGAGUGGUAGUCCGGCGGGGGCGGGUUCGUCGAGGACGACGUCGAGCGGGAGUGCGAAUGGGAGUAUGAGUGGGAGUGGGAGUACGAGCGGGAGUGUGAGUGGUGCGACGCCGGUGCCGUCGAGGUUGUUCGCGAUGUCGGCGGCGUCGAUGAAUUCCUCGUCGUCAUCUUCGUCGUCGUCAUCGUCGGUGUCAGCGCCGAUGUUCUCGUCUUUCCCAUCGUCGGAUACACAGUCGCAAACACGUCCUCAAGGUCAUCCGCCGGCUUCCACCUCCACCGCCUCCACCACCACCUCUUCUUCUUCCAUAUCCUCUUCCUCCUCCUCCUCCUCCACCACCUCCUCCCCCGCCGCCGCCGCCUCCACCUCCACCGCCGCCGCCGCCCCAGCGCCACCCCCAUCAACCGACAUGUUCGCAGAACUCGCACCAGCGCGCGGGACGAGCUGGCAGUACGAGCUGCAGCAGCUGCGCUUUGCGAAUGCGCGGCUUGAGGAGGAGGUGUGUGUGCUGCAGGGGAAGGUGGGUGCGCUUGGGCUGGGGCUGGGGAUGGGGAUGGGGCUGGAUCGCGGGCGGGGGUCCGAGAAAAGUAAGGGCAAGGGGAAUGGGAAUGGGAAUGGGAAUGGGAAUGGGGUGGAUACUUUGAGUGCGGGUGUGAGUAGGAUGGAGAGUGGGAUGGGGAGGGAGGAGGGAGGCGCGCGUAUGGAUUUGGAUUUAGGGUUCGAUAUGGAUUUGGGGAUGGAUAUGGAUAUGGGCUUGGAUAUGGGUAUGGGUUUGGGUUUAGGUAUGGGUUUGGGUGGGUACAGUGAUAUGGCACGCUAUCAUCACCCACACCAACAAAACCAGUCAACAUCGCAGACACCGCAGACACAUACACAGAUACAGACACAGACCCAGCCAAAGCAGCAGCAGGACCUGUUUUCGCGCGGUGAACUGGUUGUCUCUGCGCAUCAUCGACAUCAGUCUCAGCGACAACAACCACAAGGACAGGCACAUUUGCAUCAAUACAAUCAUCUUCAGCAACAGCGCCAGCUCCAGCAGCAGCAGCGGGAACAGCACCAGCAGAAGGAGCAGCACCAGCAGAAGGAGCAGCACCAGCAAAAGGAGCGCGGCGCGUAUAUGAAGAACGUCCCAUUUCCACCGUCUGCGCAGAAUGGAACUGUGAAUGUUGUGCAUGGGAGUUUGUAUGAUGGGGUUUUGCCUCUGCCUCUGUCGCAUUCGAAUUCGCAUUCGCAUUCAAGCUCGCAUUCGAACUUGCAUUCGAUUUCUCAUUCGAUUUCUCAUUCGAACUCACGUUUGCAUUCGAGUACAAGUUCGAAUUCCAAUUCAGAGGGCGGUGCGGGCGCGGGUGUAAAUGGAAAUGGAAAUGGAAAUGGGACGCUGCAUCAUCCGAAACCGCUUUAUUCGUUACCGGUACCGCUGUCGUUGUCGUUGCCGAUUCCUGUGCAGCAGCGCGAGAGGGAGAGGGAGAGAGAUAGAGAGAGAGAGCGAGAGAGAGAGAAGGAGCGCGAGAGAGAGCGUGACAGGGACAGGGAAAGGGAAAGGGAAAGGGAAAGAGAGAGAGAAAUGGAGAGGGAAAGGGAAAGAGACAGGGGGGCUGAGAGGGAGAGGGAGAGAGACGGGUUAUCCUCCGCGCUGGGAUACCCCGCUCCAUACGCUACCCCGCGGCGCGCGUAUACGCCCGCGUCACUCUCGCAUUCGCAUCCACAGUCGUAUUCUUAUUCAUAUCAGCACCAGCAGGAAGAAGGGUAUCCUCUGUCAUCGUCGGCGCGGCCGCGUACGCACACGCAGCCUCAGCAGCCUACGCAAACGCAGACCCAGACCCAGACGUGGGGCACGGGUGCGAUGCCGCCUCUACACGUCCCCGUGUCGAUGCCGCCGCCUAGCGUGAUGUACCAGCACCCUUCCUCCUCGUCUACUUCCGCUUCGGCCCCUGUUUUGUCGUCCUCGUCGUCGUCACCGUCGUCGUCAUUGCUGGCGAGACGCCGUGCGCGGUCCAUGCGCGAGCGCGAGCAUGAGCGCGGUGCGGGUGAUAAGCUGGACAUCGACAUGAUGCACACUGACAGCGAUAGAGAUGCGCAUGCGGAUCUGGAUAUGGAUCUGGAUACAGAUCUCGAUAGAGAAGCAGAUAGAAGAAGAGAAGGGGAUAGAGCAGGGGAGGGUGCGGGUGCGGGUGCGGGUUCGGGUGCGCAUAUGGAUGUGCAGGCGAUGUACGCCGCUGCUGCUGCUGUUGCUGCUGGAAGCGGCGGGGGUGGUGGUGGUGGUGGUGGUGGUGGUGGUGGUGGAAGAGGGACGGGUAUGGGUGUGUCGUUGAAGAGGCCUUGGAGCGCUAUUGGGCCGUAG